AUGAUGCCUCCGAAGAACCACCUUCUUCUCGCUCUUGUCGCCGGCCUACUGGCAAAAUCUCAGGCUGAUGUUUUUCCUCCACCAGACUCAAACCCGUUGACUUGGGGAUUUUAUUCAUCUCCAGAAUUUCAGCAACCUACCGAACUCGAGAUCGAGGGUACCAUCCCUACUUGGUUAUCGGGUUCGCUGUACCGUGGAGCGGCUGCGACUUGGGACGUGGGAAACUUCACUGCUGAACACUGGUUCGACGGAUUCAGUCGAAACCAUCGCUUCGAGAUCGCCAACGGUGUAGUUACUUAUCAGAGUCGUAAUGCGUCGGAUGAGUUAAUGGAUUUCGUUCGCGAGACAGGACAAUAUCCUACUGGGUCAUUCGGCAAUGACCCUUGCAAGAUCAUCUUCGGCGCAUUGGAGACCAAGUUCAGGAACCGUACCGUCACAAGCGGUGAUAAGAGCAAGAGCAAUAUUAAUGUGGCCUGGAUACCCAACUACCCGGGCCUUGGACGUAACACAAGUAGCGAAGGCGGCCCCUUCGUGAGCUUGGUUACUACGACGGAGGCCAAUCCUCUGCAGCAAAUCGACCCGAUCACUCUUGAACCUAUCGAGCUUUUCGCGUAUUCUGUCGGUGACUCAUCCAAAGGUGGAAUGCUGAAGAGCGAUAGCGGGCGUCUCGCCGCUCACCCAGCUCAUGGUUCUGAUGGGUCAAUAUGUAAUUAUCAACUUGACAUAUCAGGACAACCACCCACGUACCAAAUCUUCUGCGUCGACCCUACAGGAGAAGUCAACUUUCUCGCCGAGAUCAAAGAUGCGCCACCCGCCUACAUUCACACCCUAUUCAGCACCGAGAACUACCUCAUACUAGUAGUCUGGCAAGCCGAUUACACGAAACAGGGUUACACCAUUCUUUCUAGUCUUGGACCAUGGAAUCCCGAUCGCAAGACGCUCUUCUAUGUCAUCUCUAAAGCCGAUGGCAGAGUCUCUAAAUACAUCUCGGAUGAUGCAUUCUUCGCUUUCCAUGAGGUGAAUAGUUUCGAAGACGAGACCGGCGCGAUCAAUAUUGAUCUUCCGCGCAUGGACAAUUUGGAUUUCUUGACGGCGGCGAACCUUGCGAAUUUGAGAGCCAAUCUUGGUAACAAGGCGGAUGCAUCAUCGAAGAACGAUGCUCCUGGGACUUUUACGCGAUAUCGACUGCCCGCGUAUCGCAAUACUUCAUUCGCUACCAAUGGAACAUUGCUGGCACAUCGCGCUGAGACGAUGUUUAGCCUUCCAUAUGCUGAAACCAAUAUCGAACUUGCGCGGAUUAAUGAAGAAUAUGCGGGAAGGCCGUAUAGAUACACAUGGGGUAUCCACGUGGAGAAGACGGGAUAUUUCGCGGAUUCAUUGAUUAAAUUAGAUACCGUGAACCGUGAGUGGAAGGUGUGGUCCCCAGCCACCGAACAGCUUCCGUCGGAACCAAUUUUUGUGGCUUCCCCAGAAGCUCAGGUUGAGGAUGAUGGUGUGUUGCUUUUUAUUGCCAUGGACUCGGCUGUAAGGAAGAGUUCUCUAGUCGUCGUUAAUGCGACCACGAUGGAGGAAAUGGGAAGGGCUAGAAUGCCAAUUGUUAUGAGCUAUGGGUUUCACGGGAUUUGGGGAGGAAAUACUUCUUAUUCUAACCAUUUCUGA